AUGGAUCCAGCUCCAUGUUCGGCCGUGAAAGCGAUGCGGUGUCCCCGCGCAAAGUAUCGUCGCAACGUUUCUGGACCAAAAUCAACCCUAUUACGAAGAACAGUAGUAGCAUCGUUAGGAGCAGUAACAGUAGCAGCAGCAGCAGCAGCAGCAUCGGCGGCGUCAGCGCACGACGGUGGCGGCUGCGUUCUGUUAUUAUUUUGCCGCGGUGCUUUUGACCCUUCGAACCGGGCGAGUUCAUUGCGGCAGUGUCGCGGGGGUGUUUGCCCGACGUCUAGCGCACCACUCGGCAGCAGCAGUAGCGGCGGCGGCGGCAGCGGCGGCGGCGGCGACGACGGUAGCAGCGGCGACGGCAGCGGUGGCGGCGGCGGCGGCGACGACGGCAGUGGCGCCAGAGGACGACGUCGCGCGAGCGCGUCCGCUCGCACUCGCGCUCCUUUUGCCUCUUUCACCUCCUCGUGCCCGAUAACCUAUCGGAUAUCAACUCUGUCGUCGGUACAAAAUGAAGGCGGACAGUGA